CCAAAAUAUGGGGGGAGUCAAUUUAGUGAUCCCCUUUAUUUCAUUAACAAGCUCGCUAUAGGACUUAGUAGCUUCAGCCUCUGUGAUCAGAGGUAAGAAGGAUUUAAAGAUAGCGCAACGUCUCACCGCGAAGUUGUGGCGCAAAUACGGCUCAGGUAGCGUGGCGCUGAUUACUCGAUUCCCGAGUUUCCCUUUCACUGUCCCCUCCUUCGACGCCCAAGCAAGGCCCCCGCGUGAUAUUUCCCCCCCAAAAAACCCUGGCCCUGGACACACAUUCCCGGGACAGCUUCUAUAGCUGUCCCGAUCUGUCCUCGUUGCAGAUAUCUAAGGUCUCGGCUGCCGCAUACGGUCUCGAUCAACUCGAAGUCAGCACCGACCCAGAAGCUUCGCGCUCACCCUCCCCCGACCCCUCCUCCACUGCCCCGCGCAGCGCCAAAAAACGUUCGAAAAGUCAGGCCGUCUCCCGAAAAGCCCGCGGCGUGAUCGGCAAGGUUCGCGCAUUCCAGAAGAUCGCAGCCGCCAAGAUGGCGCAUCCUUCCAUCAAGAUCGAUACCAACGUCCAGACGGGGAAGCGCGGCUUACCUCCCGACGGCGAUGGUCUCGACGUGCCUGGUGAACAGGGGAAUCCCCGGUUGGACGCUGGCAAUACGGACGAUGUCCCGCCGUUCUUGUGCCAAUCAGUCUCGGAGAUCCACGACAAAUUUGAAGACCUCGAAUGGAUGCAGCGGACGCGACUGGCCGAGGCCAUGUUGUCCAACGACCCUGCCCACCCUUUUGCCCUCGAAGGCGACCCCCAAGUCAAGGCUCGAAAUCGAUAUGUUAACGUGCAGGCAUGGGCCAACUGCCGCAUCCAUCUGCGGGUGCCCGAGGGUGAGUGUGAUUUUAUCAACGCCUCGCCGAUCAUACUGAAGGACUCGGUCACGGAGGAGGAGAGGACCUACAUUGCGACCCAGGGACCCAAGCUUGGUCAUCUCUCUCAUUUUUGGCACAUGGUCUUCCAUGAAAGCAAGGAUGUGGCUGUCAUCGUCAUGUUGACCCAAACCUUCGAGGCUGGUCGAGAAAAAUGCGCACAAUAUUUCCCAUUGGACUCGAGUCAGGCUUCGAUGAUUCUCUCGGAAGAGGAGUCGGAUCCCUUCGUGGCCGAUGAGAGUAGCCAGGAGGAACCCCCCGAAAUCAUUGGCAAGGUGACCUUGCUAGAGUCGACGUUCGAUGCCAAGUCACGCUCGGAAAUUCGCAAGCUCGAGUUAACAAUCGGCUCGGAGUCGAAGAUCGUCUGGCAUUUCCUUUUUGCGGGCUGGGCCGAUUAUUCCAAGCCCGAAGGUAACGACCGCGAGGCACUCCUUGAGUUGAUCAAAUUAUCGGCCUCCAAAGCUGGAGGGCCUGAAAAUCCACGUGUGGUCCAUUGCAGUGCAGGCGUGGGCCGCACGGGAACUUUCAUCGCCUUGGACCAUCUCCUUCAGGAGCUCGAAUCGGGCCACCUGCUGCAGGUAGCCGAUGCCGAGACCGACCCCGUGUUUGAGACGGUCAACCAGAUGCGCGAACAGCGAAUGAUGAUGGUUUACAACGAGAUGCAAAUGCAAUUUAUCUACGAGGUGCUCCGAGAACAAACGGAUAUCAAAUUGGGUAAAAUGCUAGGACAGAACAACGCGUCGCCUGGGAGCCAAACGGAUGAGCCACGGUCUGCCAAGCUCGCCAAACUGAGCGAUGAGCCUGAUUAUCUGCCUGCAUCGAAGCCUGAAUUAGAGGCUGUUUCAGACCAAGUUGCAACUCCGACUGAAACACCCGAGUCCUCUCACCAUGAGUAACGAGUGCCGACAUUGUUCAUUACAUUGCUUGUUUCACCAGACAUCUCUUUCACCCAGAGGCCAGAUUCCUAUCUGGCCACGAGAGGUGGUUCGCUUCGUCUUCCUAUUCUACUCUUUGUGUUUACUCGUCACGAUUGAUCAUGAGCCCCUGAAUUUCCGAUUUCAUUUGUUCUCUUGCAUCAUAUCAUGGCAUCCGGUGUUUCUGUACUUGCUGCUUUAUUGUCCCAUGGUCCCCUUGUCUUACAUACUUCUGUACUUGUCUUGUUUACUUUUCUUGUCUUCCUAUUACCUUUUUUUUCCCCCAUUUGCCCAAAGGACCCUUCCUGUAUCUUCUUGCCUUUUUCUGAAUACCCCCAGUCUACAUUGCCACUUGUUAUGAAUUUCCUUGCACUCUUCUGUAGUUCUAUGCCCGAUGACUGAAGACCUAGUCUUUGCAUUAGAGUUGCUGUAUAUUAGCGGUUUGUCGAGUUGUGUCUACUAUGCCUGUAUCGACUUAAGCCAACUUCUCGCUCCAAGCUUGAUUUGCCGAUGCUGUAGAACUCUG